CUCCCCUCGUCGUCCGGCACGCAGACACUCGCUUUUUGUACUAAGGGGGGUGAACAAUCCCGUCUGUCUUUUCCCAAAAUAAGCCUGCGAGGGAUCGAGGAAGUAAACCAGGGAGAUUGGUCCAACGAGGUGCUCGGCCCCCCGGUUAUAAGUGGUGCUAGUGGGAGCGCACCCUGAUCGGACCCUCAGCCUUUCAGCUCGGGACUACCUGAGUGCUUGAUCAGCAAAGAGUCUGACUUUUGGCACUUUUUGCUCCCUCUCUCUCUUUCUCCCUGCUCCCUCCUACUUUCCACCCUGGAGUACGGGAGAGCGUAGUUUGGGAAGGUGCUCCCCAGACCUUCGUCUGGACUCCUUCAACGGGGCACAGAGAGGAUUUUCCCCCUCUGUUUUGUUUUUUCCUCCAACUCCAUCACAUUCUCACUCAGCCCCAAAAAAACACAUGGAUUGAUUUUGUUCUUUUCCUCUUUUAAAAGGCAGUUUGCUGCACCUGUGGUUGAUUUUUUUCUUCUUCUUCUUCGCUGGACCAGUUUAAGGUUCCUGAGGGGGCUUCAUUGAACAUCUGAUGCCACCCCAUCCCAUGGGAGACACACGUGGCUGAAGGUAGACGAGAAGAUCCACCUGAAGAUCACACCUGUGUUGCUCCUCCUGCCACCUUUGAACACUCUGAGCAGAAAAAGUUCAUCGGAUGCCUGGGAUGCUGUCCACCAUGCUGCUGGCCCUUGUUUGUGUGCUCCUGAUGCUAGGGGAUCGUGUCCUUGCUGGAGGCUACCCCCCCAUGACUCACAUGAAGUACAUGCAACCCAUGAUGAAAGGACCCGUCGGACCACCGUUCAGAGAGGGCAAGGGACAUUAUGUCGACAGGCCACCCAUGGUAGAUGUAAAGGGAGAGCCAGGGCCCCAAGGCAAACCCGGACCAAGAGGACCACCCGGUCCUCCAGGAAUUCCAGGAAAACCUGGACUUGGGAACCCCGGCCUCAACGGGCAGCCUGGUCCUCAAGGGCCUCCUGGCUUUCCAGGGAUUGGUAAACCAGGACUCCCAGGACUACCAGGAAAGAUUGGACCAAAGGGGAUGCCAGGACCUAAUGGCGAGGUUGGUCCUCGUGGUGAACCGGGCCUGAGGGGUCAACCGGGACAGCCGGGACUUCCAGGACCUGCUGGUCUGUCUUUGAAUGGGAAACCUGGGCUUCCAGGUGUUAGGGGCCCGCCUGGUAGUCGGGGAGAACCAGGAUUAAAAGGUAUUUCUGGUUCUCCAGGUGAGCGUGGCAUUAAAGGUGAGAAUGGACACGGGACACCGGGGCCCCCUGGUAUAAGGGGUCCCCCUGGGUUGAAAGGUAGUGCAGGACCACCUGGUAUUCCAGGCAUUGGCAAACCCGGACCAAAGGGUUUGCCUGGACUGUUCGGCCCUAAAGGUGAUCAGGGACUUCCAGGGGAUCGAGGGGAACCAGGAGAGGCUGGGCUUCCAGGUCUACAAGGCCAACCAGGUCCUAUUGGGAUAGGGAAGCCUGGAGUUGAUGGAACGCCAGGAGCACCAGGUCACAUAGGUCAAAAAGGUGAGCAAGGCCUCAGGGGUUCCCCAGGGUUUCCAGGUACUCCAGGUUUUGGAAAACCUGGCUUGAGUGGACCCAAAGGAGAAAAGGGCCAUGCUGGGUUGACUGGUCUACCUGGAGACAAAGGAGAGCAAGGAAUGGUGGGUCCAAUUGGCGAACAAGGUCUUAAUGGACAACCAGGACCCCCUGGACUCCACGGUCCCAUGGGACUACCUGGAAAACAUGGCAUGCCAGGACUCAAGGGAGAACUCGGGCCCCAAGGACCUCCAGGGCUGCCUGGCCUCAGAGGUGACCAAGGUCCAAAUGGAAAUGCAGGAAGACCUGGUAUACCUGGAGACAAAGGACUACCUGGUCCAAAUGGAGCAAUUGGAAAACCUGGGCCCAAAGGUGAAGCAGGACAUAUCGGUCUCCCAGGUAAUCCCGGGCUGACAGGUCUUCAGGGACCUAAAGGUGAGGCUGGAUUUAUGGGAACACCUGGCCCCAGGGGCCAAUCAGGCAUCCCUGGCCUUCAGGGGCCUAUGGGUCCCAUGGGACCACAGGGGGCCCCUGGCUUGAAGGGUGAGUCUGGACUACCAGGGCUUCCAGGGCUGGGUAAAGUGGGGGAGAAAGGGCCUAUUGGUCCCCAAGGUCCUCCGGGGAAACCAGGCCCUUCUGGACUUAACGGUAACCCCGGCCCACCGGGGCCGCCGGGUCCCCCAGGUCUUCCGGGAAAUGGCCAAACAGUCGUUGCGGGUCCAACAGGUUCCGAGCUGGAAGGGGGGGAAGUGGCGGGAGACCGCAAGGGUCCGGCGUACAGUCAAGUUCCGCUCUCUGCCUCGUUAGCGCCGGCCUUCACGGCCAUCCUCUCCAAGCCUUUCCCUCCCUCCGGAAUGCCAAUAAUAUUUGACCGGACUCUGUACAACGGACAAAAUGCCUACAAUCCCGCUAGCGGCAUUUUCACUGCUCCCCUGUCGGGUGUCUACUACUUUGCGUAUCACGUGCAUGUGAAGGGAACUAGCUUGUGGGUAGCCUUGUACAAGAACAAUGUACCAGCUACUUACACCUACGAUGAAUACAAGAAAGGCUACAUGGACCAGGCGUCCGGCAGUGCUGUCCUCGAGCUGAAAGAAGGCGACAAGGUCUGGAUCCAGAUGCCCUCGGAUCAGGCCAACGGUCUCUACUCCACCGAGUACAUCCACUCCUCGUUCUCAGGAUUCCUGCUCUGCCCCACAUAACCUUCCGCUGGAUUCCAACCAUGAGCUCCUCGGAGCAGACCAAAACCUAAAAUACUUGGAGCCAUACUCAUUUCCCAAAACAAUAAAAUUAUCAGUACAGUUAAUAUUCCUGUCAUUGUUUUUGUCUGCUUUACAGCCAAGAAAGAGAAAGUCGAGCAUUUCAAAAGGGGGAGGAAGGAAUUUUAUUCAGUGUCGUUUGCUUUGUUGUCAUUCAAAUGUGUUUUGGGGUUGUUAUAUUUUUUAAUGUUAAUUAUUGUUGUUUGUUAUUACUUUUGUCAUUGUUGUUUAAUUUAGUCAGACUGUUGGGUGCCUUAACUCAAAUCGUUCGAUGCCACAUGCCGACAGGACCAAAAUCACCUGACAUUUAAGAGAGAUGGCAAAUUUGUGUUCGUUCAUGAAUGACAAUCCUGGCCGAGUUAGCAUCACUACAACAUACAAGUUAAAAAAAAAUGGAACAUCACAUUCAUUUGUGCUAAAUUACUUUAAUCCAGUUUUCUCAUGGUUGCUUUCUUACAUUUGAAACUUUUUUUUUCUUUUUACUUAAUUUAUUGAAUUGAACUAUCCAAAAAAAGGCAAUCUCAAUAUACAGCAAACACUUGACAUCCCAUGGCUAUAUUCAUGUAAUUGACGAUGUGUCAAUCGUGUUUACACAUUUCGUCAUUUGGUGCCAGAGAAAGUAGAGUUGUGGAAUUUAUGCAUUUGAUUGAAGGCUUUUUUUGUCGAGUCACUGCUUCCAAAGUUGACAAGAUGUUUCAGAACAAAAAGUAGAGCGAGCCGCAAAUGCAAAUAAUUCCACGUCGACUCUGUGAACUUGUAAAGGGAGUCUGAACCCUGCAGGUUGUGAAAUGCAAAUUAUGUCAUUUUUAACAAACCCACUGGCAGAUUUCUUUGUCAGGUGGGUGGGCCAGAGAGUCAGUCUGUACUCGUUUCUGCUGAUUGAAGCCUUCAAGAUAAAGAUACAUGCUCUGUUUGCAUUUCUGCCUUCUUUUAACGUUUAAAAAAAAAAAAUGCACUUGUAUCUGUCCAGUUUGUCUCCAUAACGCAAACAAGCAAAUGCUAUGAGUCAUUAUUGUAACGUGAGUCUGCAAGGCAGUUCAAGGCUCGUGAUGUACUGUAUGUUGGCUUAUUUUGCUAGCCUUCUAUUUUUGGACGUAUGAAAUGGUGAUGUGAAUUAUGUGUGGUUAUUAUUCUCUGUCCUUGUGUUUUGUAGACAAUGUCACUUGCUUGCAGAGUGUGCAGUGACAAUAAGUGCCAUCUUAUCACACUAUGCGCAUAUAUAUAUAUAUAUAUAUAUAUAUAUAUAUAUAUAAUACUUUGCUUCGGUUUUGAAGGGAUUUUUGUUUUAGUUGCAUUUGAUAAUUACACGGCCAUUCCCAUUUGCACAUGAAAUUAAUGAUAUUUAUACAUUUAUGAUAAUUUAAUAGGGAUGCCAAAACUGACCACCGAAGCCAAGAAUCUAUAAUUGGGAUUUAACUUUAACAACAACAUUGUUGAGUUAAUAGAAUUUACAGUAUGUAGUUAGCAUCCUAGUGUUAUGUUUGUUGAGGAUUAUUUGUGGAGAUUUUAUUAUUUGUGUAAUGUACAAUGUAUACAUUUAUUAGAUUUUUUUUUCACACAAGGCUAUUGCGUUUCUUUUCGCGCAGUAAAAUGUGAGUAUAAAAUGCACUCAUUCUGAUUUUGGAAUUGUUUUUCCCUCCUGCUUAUCAAAAAUCUACAAGUACUUGAUUGUAUUGAUACGAUAUCAAUAAAGGCCUACUUUGUGUCAGA